AUGAGGGUCCUGGCGCGGAGCUGCUGGGGGCCCGGCCUGGCCAGCGGAGUGGCGAGCCGGAGGCCGCGGCCCCCGUGGCGAGCGCUGGCCGGGGUCGGCGGAGAAGACCGCCGGGAAGCUCGUGUCCGCGAGAAGCCGCCCUGGCGGGUGCUGUUCUUCGGCACAGACCACUUCGCCCGCGAGACGCUGCGGGCGCUGCACGCCGCCAGGGAGAACAAGGAGGAAGGCCUCAUCGACAAGCUGGAGGUAGUCACGGUGCCCUCGCCGUCGCCCCGAGGCCUGCCAGUGAAGCAGUUUGCCCUGCAGACUCAGCUGCAGGUGCACGAGUGGCCGGACGUGGGCUCCGGGGACUACGAUGUGGGAGUCGUCGCUUCAUUUGGCCGACUUUUGAGUGAGGCUCUUAUUCUUAAAUUUCCCUACGGCAUGCUGAACGUGCACCCCAGCUGCCUGCCGAGGUGGCGGGGGCCAGCCCCUAUCAUCCACACGGUGCUUCACGGAGACGCACUCACCGGAGUCACCAUCAUGCAGAUCAGACCCAAGAGGUUUGACGUGGGCCCCAUUAUCAAGCAGGAAACUGUGCCUGUGCCCCCCAAAAGCACUGCGAAGGAGUUAGAAGUGGUGUUGUCAAGACUGGGUGCCAGCAUGCUCCUGUCAGUUCUGAGGACUCUGCCUGAGAGUCUGCAGCAGGGCCGGCAGCAGCCUGCUGAGGGGGUGACACACGCUCCUAAGGUAUCUGCUGGCACCAGCUGUGUCAAAUGGGAAGAACAAACUUCAGCGCAAGUAUUCAGACUUUACCGUGCCAUUGGAAACAUAAUUCCGUUGCAGACACUCUGGAUGGAAAACACCAUUAAACUUCUGGAUUUGGUAGAAGUGGACAGUUCGGUCCUUGCUGAUCCCAAACUAACAGAACAGACUGUUACUCCAGGUUCCGUUAUAUACCACAAGCAGUCACAGAUGUUGCUGGUUUGUUGCAAGGAUGGCUGGAUUGGCGUCCGAUCAGUAAUGCUUAAAAAAACUCUGACAGCCACUGACUUCUACAAUGGAUAUUUACACCCUUGGUACCAAAAACAUUCCCAAGCUCAACCAAGCCAGUGCAGAUUUCAGACUCUCAGACUAACAGCUAAGAAGAAGCUGGAGAAAAAAAAUUGUUGCUAUGCAACAGUGUAUUAAGUAGGAAGAAGAUGGACAGGAACCUAUUACGUAUUUGUCACUUACAAAAAGCCUUAUUUAUAAGGAA